AUGAAUUCCAAUACACCAACCGACAUAGUGAGCUUCUGUUUUGAGACACAGGCUGAUCAUAAUGCAACCGGUCCGAUCCUGAUAGACGGGCUGACUCCUACGCGGUCACUCACCCUGCACCAAUUCCGCCAGCUGGUCUGCCAGCUCAUUGCCGGUCUACACGAACAGAAGAUACAACAAGGACAAUGUAUCCUGGUACAUCUGGAAAAUAGCAUUCUGUACCCGGCUCUGUUUCUCGCGAUCGUCGGCGUCGGGGCUGUCUACAUGGGUGCCCACCCCGCCAGUUCAGCAACCGAACUAGAGCACCUUCUGUCACUGGCCAAUCCAUCCUUGAUCAUCACCGGUCGCGACACCCUGUCGACAGUUUUACAAUGUACUAUGAGCCCAAGUGGAGGGAAGAAGGAAAAAAUACCGUCGGACCGAGUAUGGGUCCUGAACGACAUCGACCAAGUCUUGUGUGAGGCUUUUUCUUCCACGCCGGACGCAUCCAUGGGAGACGCAGCAUACCAUCACCGGCGAGACAUUACGAAGCUCCUACAUAGCGGCCAACGUCCCUGGCGGACAUUUGAUGAUGAUGGACAAAAGUCCAAAAUUACCCCAGCUGCCAUGUUCGCAACCAGCGGCACAAGCGGACUCCCCAAAGCAGCCAUCCUAUCCCAUCACGCGCUCAUCCAGCAACAUAUAAGCAUCCACCAUCCCGUUCCAUACCCCGUCACUCGACUCCUCACAUUGCCGCUCUUUCAUCGGUAUGGGGCCCUGGUCGCACUUUUCUUUCCAACGCGGUACGCCCAGCCAUUGAUCCUCCUCCCGGGGUUUCAACUGCGGCCGUUCUUAUCCGCUAUUCACGUCCACGGCGUCACCGAGACUUAUCUCUCGCCGGCGAUGGUGCACAUACUAAUUCAGAGCACUCCACAAUCAUCGUCAAUCCGCGAGUCUUUACGUUCAUUGCGGUAUGUUUGUGUAGGAGGCGCCCCCAUCGAUUCCCGGCCUCUCCAGUCCCUACAGGAUAUGUUACACCCAGAGGCAUGUGUAGCUCAGGCGUGGGGAAUGACGGAGACAGCGACUGUUUUCCAAGAUCGAUACUGUCUUCCUUCUCGUCAGUUUGAUAAAGGGAGUGUCGGUGUUGUUCUGCCAGGGUAUCAGGUGCGCUUGGUUGAUGUGAGUGGUUCCGGUCGGGUACUCGACAAUGCCACGGAAAUUCCCGGGGAAUUGCAAGUUCGUGGCUCGGGCCUGUUCACCAGCUACAAAGGCCAUCCUGAUCACACGGAUGGUGAUGGUUGGUUCUCGACUGGGGACGUUAUGUAUCAGAAGAAUGGCCACUAUUUCCUUGUCGGAAGGAUGAAGGAAAUGAUUAAAGUUCGGGGAUACCAGGUAUCUCCCGUUGAACUCGAAGCUGAACUGGCACAACAUCCCCUAGUCAAGGAUGCUGCUGUGAUUGGGGUUUUGGCCACUGACGGAAGUUCUGAGCUGCCUCGUGCAUAUGUUGUCCCCCUCUCUUGGGCCGAGAGACCAUCUCCCGAGGAUAUUUACGAUUUUAUGCGGCAGCGGCUGGCUGGGUAUAAGUUUUUAGAGGGAGGUGUGGUUUUUGUGGAUUCGAUUCCGCGCAACUCUGGUGGAAAAAUCCGCCGAACUAAACUUUCCGAAUUGGAUGAUCAAAGGGAUAAGUUAAUAGCUCUUUUGACUUGA